CCCAGCCACCACCUGUUUUUCUGCCCACAGGCCAUUAAAGGGCUCGUAUAUAUUAAGAGUCACCGGCGCGAAGACAUUUCCUGGAAAAAUUUCCGUUCAGUCUCAUUAUAACUACCGGAGAACUACCGCGGUGAACAUGCACAGCGUUACUAGGGAUGAAGUGUUCUACUUUGAUAUGACAAUCUUUCAGGUGGAGGAUUACCUUUUCAAAGUGCCUCGAAGACCUUUCGAGGACCAGUCAGAUAUCUUUCGGUCCAUGUUCUUGCUGCCUCAGGGGCAAAGCAAACUGGUGGAAGGGAUGAGUGACGAGAAUCCUCUGGUUCUCGAGGGAAUUUCAAAGAAAGACUUCCGAGCUUUCUUGCAGGUCCUUCUUCCUCCGACCUUCGGAGAAGACAUGGAUUACUCGGAAGAAGAGUGGCUUUCCGUGUUGAGCCUGUCCAAUAUGUGGGGGUUCACGAGGAUUCGGCAGACGGCAAUUGAGAAGCUACAGAAUAAUAGUAUUGAUCUCAUCACGAAGAUUGAACUUGCGCACAAAUAUGAUAUUCGCGAGUGGCUCUUCGGUGCAUAUCUCGCACUUGGGAAACGUGCAGAACCACUGUCGGUUGGAGAAGGCGCGCGACUGGGAUAUGACUUUGCGUUGAAGAUGGCAACUGUGCGCGAACAGUUGCUACGGGAUAAGAUUGCACAUCCGAAUGCUUACCGACAACGUCCUCCUGCACCAUUCAUUCCGCCCCGAGGCGAGAGUCCGCGUGGUAGUAUUCGGAAUGGUCAGAAUAGCGCGAGCAAUGGGGUUCGUGCGCGUCUCUGGGCCACCCCUACACCACAACACCCAUUCCCAGGCGAACUAGAGGAUUCAGAUGACAUCGUACUUGCUAGGGCUAUCCAGGAAGUAUUUGGCAUUCGUGGCGAGCACCCGAGCAUUACAUACAGAGCGGACUUGGACACAGAUGAUUUCCAGAACAUGUCGAUGUUCUUUAUUAAUGAUACUCUAUGACCGUUAUGGCAUCCCAUAUGUAUUUUCUGGACCUUCGGUAUGAUCUACUAAUGUAGUGGAAUAAUUUUGCG